AGAAAAGCAACACAAAACACGAUCAGCUAGCUGGGGUAAUACAUGAAAUGAGGAAGGAAACUACACACCGCACCACCAGAAAAAGUCUCAUCUUUCUACACAUUUCCCCAUUUGUAACACUUUGCUCGAGGCGUCUGUCAGCUGAGGAACAGUGGAUGAACGGGAGAGAUCCCCCUCUGAAACAGUUGCUGCCAGGUUUGCUCAGUCUAUUUUGAAGAAUGGGAGACUCUGCAAACAACAGCAUUGUCAGUAACUCCAGCGGAACACCCUCCUCCACUCUAUGCCACCGAGACACCACAGUCACCCACCUGAUCUUCCCAGUACUGUACACACUUGUCUUCCUUCUGGGACUCGCACUGAACAGCCUGGCUUUCUGGGCUUUCUUCCGUAUUCCAAGCACAUCAACUUUCAUUGUCUACCUGAAAAAUAUCUUAGUUUCUGAUUUUAUAAUGACCCUGAUGCUUCCUCUGAAAAUCCUGACAGACUCUGGCCUGGGACCAUGGCAACUCAAAGCCUUCGUCUGCCGCUUCUCAGCCGUAGUGUUUUAUAACACCAUGUAUAUCAGCAUAGUGCUCCUUGGCCUCAUUGCUUUGGACAGAUUUCUCAAGAUUGUAAGACCUUUCGGGAAGUUCUGGGUGCAAAACCUGACCUCAGCAAAGAUCCUUGUGGGUCUGGUCUGGCUGUUCUUCUUUGUUCUCUCUUUGCCUAACAUGAUUUUAUCAAACAAGAAACCAACACCCCAAUCCGUGAAGAAGUGUGCGUCAUUGAAGAACUACUUGGGUCUCAAAUGGCAUGAAGUCGUUAAUUAUAUCUGUCAGUUCAUCUUCUGGACUGUUCUCAUCCUCAUGUUUCUAUUUUAUAUAAUUAUUGCCAAAAAAGUGUACGAAUCUUACAUAAAAACACAGAAGAAAGACAACAAAAGUGAAAAAAGAGUCAAGGGGAAAGUAUUCAUCAUUUUUACAGUGUUUUUCUUAUGCUUUGCCCCCUUUCAUUUUAGCAGGGUUCCCUACACUCUGAGUCAAACAACAACCCGAAUGGACUGCCGUCUGCAGAAUCAGCUCUUUGUGGCAAAAGAGAGCACUCUGUGGCUGGCUGCCACGAAUGUCUGCGUGGACCCCCUGAUCUACAUGUUCUUGUGCAAACCGUUCGUAGAAAAGGUGUUAUGCAGGAGAGUAAAGACAUUCCGGAAGACAGUUCAUACAAGUCCAAAAACCGAACUGGACACACAAAUGUCUCCUACGGAAUCUUGACUCAGAGGCUUCACACUCUACAGUCUCUGCAUAUUCAUAGAGAAGUUAAACAGUAAUCUGGUUUACUUCUGCAAUAGAAAUGAAAGGGUGGUUCUAAUGUAAUAGUAAUUCUUAAUAAAAAUAGCACAAUGAUAUGGAACUGUUGGAAUGGAGCCGGAGGAGGAUAUGAAGAUGACCCAAGGGCUGGAGCACCUCUGUUAUGAGGACAGGCUGAGAGAGUUGGGGUUGUUCAGCCUGGAGAAGAGCAGGCUCUGAGGAGACCUUAUAGCAACCUUCCAGUACCUGAAGGGGCUACAAGAAAGCUGGAGAGGGGCUUU